AUGGCACGCGCCAAUAACACUGGUUCUAGUCGAAGUAUUCGAAGCGCAAAGCAAAAGGCAAUGGAAAACGCAGUCUGGAUGACUACAAAAUCACAGCGGCAGCGUCCCACUGGAGGGAAGCUCACUCAAGCUCCUGUGCAAUGCAAAACCCAUGUGUCUACCGGUGCCACCAAGCGUCAUGAUGGCCGCAGCAGUGUUGCUAGUCCUCAUGUCCCAGAGAUCCCUGGGCCUGUGGCUAGAAAGCGUCCAGCUCGUGACGCAACAGGGUCACUUACCAAGAAGCGCCGAGUUGCUAAACCGCAUGCAGUGUCCGACGAUGAACUACUCAGCGAUGAGAUUUCCGAAUUCCAACCUGGUCAUGAUGACUCGGAGCAGGAAAAUAACUUGGACAUGGAGGAUAUUGACGACGAGUUGGAGGAGCCCAUUGACUCUGUCGUAAAGUCCUUAUCAACUGAAAAACCAAUUUUUGUUUCGAUGUCGAAAGCUGAACAGGCUGACUUUCCUUUGACGCAAGCAACCUGGCCUCGCACAACUGCCUCAAAGAAGUCGAGGCAGAUAGCUGAGCCGUUCCCCUUCGCGUCGACCCAACCAAGGACUCGUGCAGUGGCCCCUCAGAAGGCAAAAAUUCAGUCCGCACGUGAUCGCAAACGAGCAGACGAGAUGCCUGUUUGGGCAGAUGGUAUUGCCGAGUCGGACAAGGAACUCGAAGAAAUUAUGGUGCCGGAUGAGUCCAACGAUUUAGAGGGAUCUCAAGAGGUCGACUUCGAGGGAUCUCAAGAGGUCGACUUAGAGGGAUCUCAAGAGGUCGACUUAGAGGGAUCUCAAGAGGUCGACUUAGAUUAUCAUGAUUCUGGCCUUACACGUCAUGGUCGCCCUGGAAGUGCCAGACUCGUACGGACGAAUACCGGUAAGCUGAAGUUGAUGGACCAAGAUAUCGACACACGCCGUGUCGUCCAAAGAGCGAUAUUGGAGGCCAAAGUCCACGUUACAUUUGUCAACGGGUAUCCAGAACUCACCGAGAAGAGUCUGUUCACGCGGAAUGUGCUCUUAACAGCAGCUCGUGCCUGUGGUGUCCCAAUAAUCCAGGAUCGCCUCAAGUCCGACGACUCGUAUGUGACAGCUCUUGCUACGCUGGUGGAAGCCAGAGUCCCACUUUUCCGCUCAGAAUUGAAAGACGAUGCUUGCGCACAGGUGACAGCAUAUUACCGUCUCGGGCCUGAUUGUGUCGACACCGCAAAAGCUUUGCUCGUCAAUCACGUUUAUCAUUAUGAGCAGCAUUUCAAUGAGAAAAAUAUUCCAAUUGCACAGUCAAAAAAACCGUACUUCGCUGAGAUCUUGCCAUAUCUGAUGAGAGGGCGCUACUUCCACGGGCCAAAGUCAGUUGGCAUGAAAUUUUCAGACCGUUUUGAGGAGAUCGCGAGCAACAAGGCCCAACGGCCCGAGGUGACGAUUCCAAUGGUGGCCUUAACCAGUACUUCAGUAUAUGCUGCGCUUCUGUGGAAGGCCAAUGGAUCUCCAUCCAAGUUCAAUUUUACAGGCAAUUUAUUCAGCGAGGUCUACUUUUUUCAUGUGAAACUUCUCGAGAAAAUGAAGGGGGCCGCACCAGGCAAGUUUCAUAAAAUGAUGGCCGAUAUUUUUGAUGCUAUCCAACAACUCUCCGCCAACGGCAACGCUGCUCUCGUCGGGUCACACGACUCUGCAAUGGCAUUCCUCGAUCUUGAUGGUAUGGAUGACGAAGAGUAG